GUUUAUUUCUCCCCCGAGGCAGAGACACGGUCCUCGCCGCGCUGCAGCCGCCGGCCAAUCAGAACACACUUUGUUUGGGGGCGGUGAGGAGUGGAACUGCGUUGCCAUGGCGACAAACCACAACGCAGUUGACUGGAGCGCCUUGUUGCGGGAUGCGCGGAGAGUUUCUAAUCCCUGUUUACUCGCGGAUGUUUUGGUGACACAACUCUUUCCACAUGACAGCAACACGUCAGAGCAGAGUCUCUCUGGCCCACGGCCACAAACUGGUGCUGACGGAGGACAAGCCGAGGAGGUCGUCCUCGGGGGACAUAGACCAGACACUUUUCCAGCCCAACCCGUCGGAGCUGGUCUUCCAGAACUUCACCCACACACAGACCCACAAGUUGCCCGUGGUCUUCGUCAACAAUGACAAGGUUUCACGACACGUGAAGAUGGAGCUGAAGCACUCCGAGUAUUUCCACGUGGUCGGUCCAGAGGACGCAGUGAGCAAGGUCGCACCGGGAUUGUGUGCUACUUUCCCCGUGGUCUUCACUCCGACAGAGAACAAGGACUACUUCCACAAACUGGUUUUUGUGACAGACCAGGAUCGGUUCGAGGUCCCAGUCAGAGCCAUUGGGCCACGUGCCAUUCUUGACUUUCCAGACGAGCUCCGUUUGCCCCUCUGCCCGGUGAAAGCCUCCACGGAGAAGACUCACUUUGUACGCAACGUGGGAAACAGCAAGGCCAAUUUCACGCUGCACACACAGAGGCCUUUCUCAGUGACGCCCGCCUUUGGGACUCUUGAUAUCGGCGUGGGCAUGCAGGUGACUGUGAGUUUCAACCCCAUGACCACAGGAGACCAGAGCCAGGACCUGCUGCUGCACUACCACACUGGUGAAGAUGUGCACGUCCGCUUGCACGGUGCUUGUGAGGAACUGAACGUCCAUCUUGAGCCGGACUCAGUCACGUUGGAGAAGACCUACAUCUCUCUGUCCAGCGUUCACAAACUGUCUCUCACCAACAGCACUGACAUCCCUCUUCGGUACCGCUGGUCUGCGUGGCCCGGCCAGGAAGAGGAGGACUUGAGCUUAUUGAGGGAGAGCUCGGUGCUUCAGCAGAAGGAGGAGGAGGAGAGAGAGCGUUUGCUUUUCCAGUGCGAGUCUGACCCCACGGCGAUCCACCGCCUCCCGCUGCUGACCAGAGCUCUGCAGGAAUGCAGAAGCCGGGCCGCGAGGGACCGCCUCGUGGCCCUCUCGGACAGCUGCAUCACCGUGGAGCCAGCGGAAGGGGAAAUAUGGCCCAGAACCACUGCACUGUUCUACAUUGUCUUCAAGCCUGAGGAGGCCAAGCUUCACCAACAAACCAUGUAUUGUGAUGUCACAGGCCGUAACUCUCGGUUGCCUCUGACAAUCACGGGCGAGGGCUUAGGACCUAAACUCCAGCUCGACUAUGACCUGACGUAUAUGCAAAAUGUUUUCAUCGGUGACAAAGAAUGUUGUGAGGUACUCGCGUCCAACAAAGGGCUGAUCGAUGCCCCGUUCAGGCUCUCACGUCCCGACACCGCGCUCGGCCGCUGUUUCUCCUUCAGUCCCGAGGAAGGUGUAGUUCCCACUGGGGCCUGCCAGAUUGUGGAAGUCACCUUCCACAGUCGCAUCCUGGGGACUUUCUCUGAGGACUUGCUGCUCACUGUCACUGGACAGCCAGAACCACUUACUUUGACCUUCAGUGGCUGCGUCAUUGGUCCUACUUUCCACUUCAGUGUUCCAGAGCUCAGUUUUGGAGAUGUAGCCUUUGGUUUUCCAGAAACAUUGGCCUGCACCCUCUUCAACACCUCGCUGGUGCCAAUGACCUUUGCCCUGCGAGUGCUGGGAGAUGGGCUGGGACCUCCCAGUGUUACCAGUGACAGACAGGUAUCUGAGGUGACCAGGAGCAAUUGGCACGGCAGCGCUGCGAGAGACAUUCGCGCGCGACCUGCGGAGUUCUACGUUAGUCCUGCCGCAGGCUCACUGCGCUGCAUGUCAGAUGUCGUCAUCAAGGUGACCCUGUGCUCCAACACAGUGAAGAGUUACAGUCUGGGGCUGGUGGUGGACGUCGAAGGUGUCGGGGAGAAGAUUGCGAUUCUGCCGAUCAGCGCCAGAUGCGUUGUUCCUAGGAUCGUGGUGGAGACUCCGGUGUUGGACUUUCAGAGAUGUUUCCUCAAUUACCCCUACGAACAGGAAGUUCAGCUCACCAACCCCAGCCCUCUGCCCGUCUGCUACGGCGUGCUUGACCAGGAAUGCGAAGAGGCUCCCUUGCUGCUUUUCGGCAGUUCCGUACCCAGAGGAGUGAUUCUUCCUCACACGUCAGAGAAGAUUCCAGUGUUCCUGCGGGCGAAGGCCGUUGGAGAGCUGCAUCACAUUCUGCCCCUCGCCACGUUCGGAAGCGUUCAGCCGCCACUGGAGGUGAUCUUGACGUGUGUCGGGCAGGGUCCAGUCGUUCACGUCCAGAACCCACAGCUGGACUUUGGCAAAAUCCCAGUUCUGACGGACAUUACCAGAACCCUGCGCCUGUCAAACCACUCGCCUAUUCCGGCGAACUUCGCGACUCGCACGAGUCACAGGAAGUCCUUUUGGCGCGUCGAGCCCAGCGAGGGGGAGGUGCCACCAGAGAGCCAGCUGGAGCUCCGCGUGGUCGCCCACCUGAGGGACACGAUCGACUUCCGGGACAAGCUGGAAGUGUCCGUCCGGGACAGUCGAACACACACGGUCCAGCUGUCGGCCACGGGCACGGGCACCACGAUCGUCAGCGACAGGCCUUUUGCCCCAAAACUUGACCUGGGAACACACUUGAGCCACGAGACGUAUCAGUACCGCUUCCAACUGUCCAACCACGGCCAGCAAAUCCACCGGUUGUACUGGGCGACCGACGGCUUCCCGGCCUGCACAAAAACCCGCAAGAGGGACAACUCGCCCGGCGUAACCUUCCUGCCCCCCAUCAACGCUCACAGGAAGAAAGAAGUCCAGAGUCGCGGAUCUGUGCUCUCCUCCAGCAGAGAGAAGCCCGUGUUCAGCCUCACGCCGUCCCGCUUGGAGCUGUGGCCGGGCUGCUCCGUCGACAUGGUGCUGACGGGGUCUUCAGACUCCCCCAAGGUCGUACGGGAACGUCUGGUGUGCCGUGGUUUUGUGGGCAACCAGGACUCUUACAAACUGAUCAUGUCCGUGGACGUCGCCUGUCGCUUUGUCGCUCCCGUGCUAAGCAUCUCCGCCAAGCAGCUGAACUACUACAUCGAGAAUGUCCCAGGAGAGAGUCUAACGCCCCUAUAUCAGAAGCUGGUCCUGAAGAAUGUGUCAGCUCUGUCUCUGUCCAUGACGCUGGCUCUCGUCGAGCCGUUCUCUCUGUGCGAGGCCCGAGGGGCCCAGAGCUCAGCCACCACUAAGUCCAUGGUUUUAGGGGACGGGGCACAGACCGACCUGUGGGUCUGCUAUCAUCCAGAAUACUGUCAAGACUGGGUGUCACGAGUCGUGGACGAGUACCUUGAGGUGCAGUACCAGGGACACCCACAGCAGGACAGGGUGGCGUUGCACGCCGAGGUCCACUUUCCCAACCUCCACUUCUCCACCACCUCGGUGGACUUUGGCUGCGUGCGCAACUACACUGAGACUCAUCGAACAGUCACAAUCACCAACUGCUCCCCGCUGCCCGUGUCCUAUCGCUGGGCCUUCGUGGAGGAGCAGGGACACAGUGACGUCAGAGAGUCAGAAAUGCACGAAAAAAAAGAGGAGCAGAAAUAUCCACAAAAUGAGACCGAAGACGGGAGGCGCUCCUCGACAUCACCUUCUCAUCCCGCCUCCCCGGUUCGCUGUAGCCACAGGCCUGGUGCCUGUGACCCGGGCAGGACACCCGGCCAUGUGCGCGUGAACGAGGUGUUCGACGUCUUGCCCAUGUACGGUCACCUGCUGCCCGGGGACCAGCAGCUCGUCACGGUCUCUUUCUACGGCCACGAACACAUCAGCAGAGAGAUGGUGGCACUGUGCCACGUCAAGGAGGGCCCGACGUACGAAGUCACACUCAGAGGAGAAGCGUCAGUUAUCAGCUACAGCCUCAACUUCAACCACAUCGACUUCGGUCGGCAGCUUUUUGAUCAUAUUGGGAAAGCUGAGGUGACCCUCAGGAAUACUGGCAAAGUGGGUUUCAAAUUCACCAUCACAUAUCCACAAAGGGAGGAAGAAGAGGAGGAGAAGGAGAAGGAGGCAGAAGGGUUGAAGGAGGCCCCGGAAGAGUUGCAGAGGAUCACACCUGGUCAGCCCACGGCCAUCCCCUCCUUGGGUUACGUCGAUGCCGGUGCGGAGCAAUGCCUGCGUGUGCUCUACCUCCCCGGCUGCCCUGAGGUGUUUGAGAAGCAGCUCCAGCUGCAGGUGGCGUACCUCCCGCCCGAGGACAUCACUGUGACGGGACAGGGAGUGUUCCCACGGAUCAGCCUGAACCUGCCACGGAACCUGUCAGAGGAGUGCUACAGGGAUGUGGUGCAGGGGGCCAGAGCAGCCGUGGAUGCAAACGCAGCCAGAGACUCGGCAAAUGGCGGUGGAGCGACAACAAGAGAGGGCGGCUGCAAGCUCACAAAUGAGGAGCUGCUUCACAUGGAGAUCGAGAGAGUGCUGGUCAAAGAGAACGCUCUCGCUGCCAACGCAAGCUCUCUGGAGCUCAGAGACUCGGAAAUUUCCUUCCGAAAGUGCUACAAACUUAGCAAGCUCCUGCUCCCAGAGUACGUUCUGGAUUUUGGUUAUGUCAUUCAUAGCAAAGUCCCCAGUCACACUGUGAAUGUCACCAACACUGGAUCGGUACCCGUGUCCCUCCACGCCAAUGUCAAACCGCUCGCCGGCAAAGGUUUCAGCGCUGAGUUUGAACGAGUGAAGAAUCUGCCCUGUGGCGAGACUCAGACUUUCACAGUCAAAUUUGAUCCUCAAGGAGCCAAACUGCCGACGGGGGACAUACGUGCUGUCAUGACGAUUCAGGUGGCAGAUGGUCCGACGGUGCAGGUGCGGCUGUGUGCAGUGGUAACCGUGCCGGCCAUUACUGUUCCCAUGGAAACGCUGCAGUUCGACACUGUGCAGUGUGGCAUGUGUCAGAUGAAGACCAUUCCGCUGUUGAAUCGCGAGUCUGUGCCGUGCCACUGGAGCAUCACUGAGGAGGUGAAGCCUUUCAAGAUCGACAAGUUCAUGCCUCUUCAUCAGCGUAAAAAAGUCCUGCAGGAGCAGCGACCGGCUCCGGUGGUGUUCCAGACGAUUCCCUCGUCCGGCGUGCUGGCCCCGGGCAAACGGGUCCAUGUCCAGAUAAAGUUCAGCCCUGCUGAGGGGCAUGCCUACAACCGGCGGCUGGUGGUCCACGUGGCUGAGAAUGCCCAGCCAGUGUUCAUCACAGCCCAGGGUCAGGGGGAGGAGCCACAGCUCAAGUUCUGCCCAUCGGUGCUGGAGCUGGGGCCGUGCCUGCCUGUCAGCACCGGGGUGGAAGCUGCGGUCGCGGUCGUAAACCCCUGCCCUUUCCCUGUCGAAUUCUACUCCCUGGAGUUCGACACGCAGUAUCUCAAUGAAGAAAAGAUCCUUCGUCUGGUGCAGGGUUAUGACGACAACAACGUGCUACUGUUGCCCCCCAGGUUCCCCGGAGGAAGUCUUCCCCGAGAGCUGCUCGACUAUUACAAGGAACAUUGCUCGCAGCAGAAAGACGAAGUCAUUCAGAGGCCCACGGAGGUAAACGGCGAGAUGCUGGGACAGCUAGAAAUGACCCCCGUCUCCAGAGCAAUUGCCCGCCAUAUGUGCGUCGACCUGUCCCCCGAGGGUCAGGCCGCACACAACCGCAGAGGCAUUGCAGUUAUUGUGUACGGAGCUCCUCUCAUGGGUAAGAGCAGCACGGCAGCUGCUCUGGCUCAUCACUACGGAGGUGCUUGUCUGAGUGUCGAUGCAGUGGUAACAUAUGUGCUGGUAAAUGGCACUUCACCUGUUAGUCUGACGGCCAGACAACACUACGACUCUGCUGCUGCUGAGUUCGCUAAGAGGAGGGCUGCUCAAACCAUUGAAAGUACCACAGAACCUGGAGCCGAAGCACAUAACGGGGGCUCAGAACCAGCUCCACAAGACUCUACGCAAGUUAUGCCAAAUGCCAGUGAGGAGGGCUGCAUCGACACCAACUCUCAGGAGGCAGAGCAACCAUUGGCCCUUUGUCUGGGAGGAGAUGUGACCACGCUCUGCGGCCUCUUACCAAAUAAUCUACUGGUGGACAUCCUGGCUGAGAGAUUUCAGUUGACAGACUGCCACCGUGGUGUCGUGAUUGACGGCCUGACGUCCGUCUACACUCAGUCGGCGGCGACCACGCUGCAAAUUGUCCUCAGGGCACUCAAGAAGCGCAAACACAUCUAUGUGGUCAAUUUGUCCGACUCCUUCGAUGCCAUGAUGGCGCGGGAGAGAGCACAGAGAGAGGCAGAAGAGGCGCUGCAGGAGGAGGAAGUGGAGAGAGAGGAGCGGUGGUUACAGGAGCUGGAUGAGGACGGGUACGACGCUCUGACUGAGGAGAAGAAAGAAUUAGUGACACAGCGACACAGAGGGAAAAUCCAAGAGUACAAACUCAGGAAGCUCGAGCAAGAGGAGGAGGAGAAGAGGCAACACGAGGAGGUGAAGAGGCUCCAAGAACAAGAGUUGAAGAAGAAGAGUAAAAAGGGUGGAAAGAAAGAUACUAAAGAGAUGACAAGAAGGAAGAGCAUGCAGGAGGGGAAGCAUUCCACAGAGUCAAUGAUGCGACAGAAGAUGUCGACCUGCAGCAACUCGAAAGAGUCACUGGCGGACACGAGAAAGCAAAAUCACUUGAAUGAAGGGCUUCAAAGCAAAGACGCUGAGGAGUUACAGAAGCAGACGGAAGAAACCAAACCGCCACAUGUCGAGUCUCCUAAAUCGACGGACAAUAGUACAGAACCUUCAGAGAUGAAGAGGCUAAAAGACGAGAAAGAGUUGAAGAAAACGAGUACUGCCUCUUCACAAGUCAAAGAGAGCGAUCAGUCCGUCAAGAAGACUGAAGAAGCCAAAGGAUUACAGGAGUCUCCUCCGCCUGCAGACAAGCCGGAGGGAGAAAUGCCGGUCGUGAGCGAGCUGCAGGCCCAGUUCAUUGCCUACGAGCAGGGUAAGGUGCAGGUGGCGCACAUCCUGCAGCACUGGGACCGAACACAGGGCUCGUUGAGGGUCCAGCUCCCACCGGAAGAUGCCCCGCUGGUGUCAGAGGAUGUCGGGUCUAAGAAACAGAGCCCUGCUGGCAAAAAGGGCAAGAAAGGCACUAGCAAGGCGCUCUCUCCGAUGCCGAGUCAUGCCGACGCAGACAAGGAAGGAGACAGGAGGAGGGAGAGAGCGUCUCAGCAGGACGUCAUCCCUCACAUUGUGCUGAAUGUAACAGAGAGAGACGACCAGGAAACCAAAGAGCUGCUCAAGGGCAGCGCCCUGCCUCCGCUGGAGCAGGUGUUGGAUGAUUUGGGGUUGGGACCCAGCGGCCCACCCAUCCCGCCUCCCGUCACCCUCUCCGUCGUUCCUUUCCCCAAAAAACGGGAGCCGUCGAACAGUCAACUCGCCUGCGACUGUUUCACCUUCCUGGUUCCCUCAGAGCACGACAAGCCGUGCGAGGAGCAGAAAGAUUCAGAGGAAGACAUGUUCGUAUCAGUUAUGAAGGAAGACGGAACUUUGUCCAGAACACGCCGCAAGAACAGCAGGGAGAUCGCGGUCACAAAGGACAAAAAGGGCAGAGAGUUUCAGAGGAGCAAGAGACGCAGUUCCGCCAGGGCGAAAACAACUCACUCACCCUCACGAGUUUCCGCCACGUCCGACUCCACUGAAGCAGAACUCCACGAAAACUUGGAGCUGAAACAUAACCAGAGCCUGACAAAAUUCCGCUGGGUUGUACCGGCCAAUGGCGAGGUGCUCGUGAAGAUCUGGUUCUACUCCGACGUCCUGGGGAAGUUUGAACAGACCCUCAACUUUGAGCUGCUGGGGACCCAGAGACGCUACCAGCUGUUUUGCAGAGGGAUUUGCGCGUAUCCCUCCAUCAGCAAAGACCACAGGAUUCUUUUCCCUCGCAGUAAAAAGGUACAAAAGGUGGAAGACAGGCUCCAGAAGACCUACGUGGUCAAACCUGGAUAUUUCGAGUUUGGGCCACUGCUUUGUAGCAAGACCAGAGACAGAUACAAGGAAAACAGGUACCCAGAGAACAGAGAGACAUUGGUGAUUCAUAACAAUUCCGGCCUGGAGGCCGAGGUCCAGUUCACUUUCCAGCAUGACAAACAGGCCACCACCUUCAUCCUGGACCCCCCGACCAUGACUCUCAAACCAGACCAGAAGCAGGAGUUGACGGUGUGGGCCUACCCAACCAGAGUGGAACACGUGGAGGACAGCGUUGUGUGCAGCAUCAGGGACAACCCGGAGCUCGUCCUCGUCAACCUCUCCUGCUGGGGCGUUCGCCCGGAGCUGGAGCUGGAAACCAGGCAUUUGCACUUUGACAGGGUUCUGCUGCACAGGCGGGACAGCCGCACGGUGACACUACACAACAAGACGGUGCUGCCGGUGUCCUGGAGACUGCAGGGCCUGGAGGAGUUGGGCGAUGAGUUCAGUGUGCCACAGGACCAGGGCAUCAUCUCGCCCAACUCUUCUUUCAUCCUGAGCUUACACUUCAGGGCCAGGAAGCCGCUCCACAUCAAGAAGAAGCUACGUUUGGAGGUGUCGGAUGUGGAGGAUAUUCUCGGCAUUGUGCACACGGAUUACAUUCAGGUCUCAGCUGAAGCCUACGACAUAGCUCUGGACAUUUCACCGGAUGGAUGUUUAGACUUCGGAACCAUCAAAGUCUUCGAAGAGGCCAGACUGUCUCUCAGGAUGAAAAACCAAGGAAAAUAUGAAAUAGCCUACAAGUUUACGUUCGAGCAGACACAACCAAACCAGCCAAACCUGGACUCCAUGUUCGUCCUGUCGCCCCAGUCGGGGAUUCUGAGGCCCCACGAGAAACCCACCACAGUGAAAAUCGUAUGCACGCCCAAAACUGCAGUCUCGAUCGGAGAGCAGCCCAUCAUGCCGUGCCAGGUGAUUGAACCCAACAUUGGGAACGGAGGCGAAACCAUAGCCAUCCUAACCAUUAAGGUUUCGGUGCACGCUGUCUUCUCCAGGUACAAGAUCACACCCGUCUGUGACAUCAACUUCGGUCCGCUGGUCUUUGGCAGCAAGAGGAGCCAGAGCUUCACCAUCGAGAACAAUGGAUUCUUUGAAUUCCGUUACAGCAUCUGCAACAUGGUCGCAGAGACUGCUCUGAUAGGGAGGCCAGGGGGUAAGAAGAUCCCCCAGGAGAGCGUUUCAGGAAAGGCCAGCGGUGCCAGUCACAAAGGCAGACGUGAAUCGGUCCAGAGAGACAAUCACGCUGUGCCGAACCGCCUCAGCCUGGGGAUCUUCUCCGUCGCUCCCUGCUUGGGGACCCUACAGCCGGGGACCCAGCAGGUGGUGACCGUGGAAUGUGCAGCGGAGCAGCUGGGCUGCUGUAACCAGGGUUUGCUCAUUGACAUCAGUGACCGUGAUCCGUCGGACCACCCCGAGGGCGUACCGUACAAGCUGCUGGCUGAAGUCUGCAGGCCCGCCAUAGCGUUGGACAUGCCCUCCAUCUUCGAGGAGCAUCACCUGUGCCCCAGCAGCGAGCAGCUCUCCUCCGAACAGUUCCGCAACGCCGAAGGGAUUUACGUCCUGGACGACAACCAGUUCGUCUUCCACAAAGUCCUGGUCGGGCGGACGGCACACGCUCGCUUCAAACUCACCAACAGCAGCAAGGUGCACUGCGUGCUCUGCUUGGCCAUCAGAUACGGCAACGCUAAGAUGGUCCGUAACAUGGAGGUUUUUCAUUUGUCUGCCACGACGCUGAACAUCCCCAGCCAGUCGCACGCAUUCGCUGUGGUCACUUUCACACCGCAGUCCAUGCAGCAGUACGGCGCUGUGUUCGAGGCCGCGAUAGAGGGAGCCAACAGAAUGACACCGACUUCUAAGACCAAGGUGCUGGAGUUUGAGCUGAUGGGCGAGGGCAAUCUGCCCAGCGUGUGCGUGCUGCGUCCAGCUCCGAGGAACGGCAGCGGAAGCCCAGUGUUUCGGUUCAGACGGGUGUUAGUGGGGCGAAGACAUACGCUGCCCCUGGUGCUGCUGAACGAUGGAAAUGUUCCUGCUCAGGUCCAGAUUGACAUCCUGGAUAAACAUGGCGUGUUCACCCUCACGGCUGCUCCUGGCAACACUUGCAGCUCCAUCAGCUGCUCACAGCUGGAGGCCUCCGACGACUCAGAGAAUCGGUCAGUGCACAGAACCACGCUGGAGCUGAAUGUCAACGAACAGGUGGAGUUUGAGGUCAGUUUUUACUCCGACGGGCCCGUGAGCGCCGAGGCCGAGAUGAUGCUGCAGGUGGAGGACAACCAGCACAGCGACACCGUGAUACCGCUCACCGGAGAGACUUACUGGGAAAUCGUCUCCCUCGACAACGUCCGCAGGCCGUCGCAGAAGAUGGAUCGGGAGGAUGACGAGAGGGGUCGAGGUCAAGCAAACAAUGGGUCGAGUUAUUGUGAGGUGCUGGAUUUUGGUGACUGCCACGUAGAUUGUCCUUAUCAGGAGAGUUUCACCAUGACCAACCACAGCAGCAGCACGGCAGUGAGGUUCGAGUGGCCGCCUGCUGGACCCCAGGUCGUCUUCUCCCCACAGGUGGGACACCUCCAUGCUGGUUGCUCUAAGGAGGUGACUGUCACCUUUAGCUCCAACCAGCCGGUGACUCUGAACAACCAGCCAAUGAGAUGCGAGGUUCACAAGGUGAAGUUCGAGCAGCCCGUGGAGCAGGUGAUGGACUGGGACGACCGGCAGAGGACGGUCCAGUGGCUGACUCCCGCCACUCAGCAGGAGUCAGGAACGCAACCGCAGCAACCCGUGAAGAACAAGGUGACAGAGACGGAGCCCCGCUGCUCCGUGGUCGAGGGUUCGCACUGGGGGCUGGAGUUGCGCGUCAGCACAGUUUGUGACUAUGUCAAGUUCACCUGCAGCGCCAACAGCAUCCACUUCAAAGACACCAUGCUCUACCGAACCAGACUCCACCAAUUGCAGAUAGUGAAUGGGGGCAGAGUCAGACUGGGAUACUCCUGGCAGGUCCUCAUGGAUCCAAGCAGCAACAGUGACCAAGGAGGCGAGAGCUCCGUUUCUCGACCUGGCAGCAGGUCGGUGGGAGGAGCGUCGACUGCAGCCCGUCCCAGCAGCGCUGUGUCCAGUGUGAUGUCUGUUCUGACGCGGAGCCGCGAGCUGCCACCCUUCAGCGUGGAGCCCGAGUUUGGGACCAUAGAGCCCGGUUCCACGCAGGACUUCAGCGUUCGAUUUUCCCCCCUGGAGGCGGCCCAGCUUCAGGGCAGGCUGCUCUGCAGUAUUCCCAACCUGCAGUAUGGGAAUCAGGCUCCCUGUAUCUCUGUGUGCGGCCUCAGUCUACAGCCGCACUGCCACUUUGACCUGGAGGACUCGGACUACGUCAGCGGAAGCCGCCGCAACCCUGAAUUCAGGGAGCCACUUGACCCCGACGUCAGGAUCAUAGAGUUCAACGCCAUCGGCCUCUCUGCGCCGUCCACAAGAACGUUUGCGGUGGUGAACCCAACCAGUGCCCCCUACUCAUUCAAGUGGAAGUGUGAAGACGCAGACGGAAGCCCCUUUCACUGUCUCAGCCCUUGUGGUGACAUCCCGCCUGGGAGGAAAGUGGAGAUGUGUUUUGAAUACGUAGCCAAGCAGCUGGACGCGGUGGAGUCGUUCUGGAGCUUUGCGAUUGAGACUCUGUCGCUGUCUUUUCCCUUCCUGUGUGCGGGCAACACCAGAGAACCAGUGGUGUAUCUCAGCAGACCUCACCUCGAACUGGGAGAACUGCUCGUUGGCCUUAAAGCGGAGCACGCGGUGUAUCUGAUAAAUGGCGAGGAGGACCCUCUUUACUUCACAGUUCUGCAGUCGUCUCUCGUCUGUGAUGAUCAGGAGUCCAGCCUCGUUCUGGAGCCCGCGAGCGGCUCGGUGUCGCCUAAGGACAGGUUGCGGUUGGCGCUGUCCUUCACCCCUUGCCGUGAGGGCUACGUGAGCUUCAGACUGGUUCUGAAGGUGAAGAGGAAAUCAGAGCCGCUCGCGCUCACCGUCAAGGCCGACUGUUUCUCCCUGAGCACUUUGGUUCAAGUGGAGGAUCCGGACGGGGGCGUCCGAGAUAUCGACCCUGACCGCCAAGACACUGUGGACUUUGGAAAGUUGGGGGUUUCAGAGCAAGGCACCGUUAACAUCCUGGUGUCCAACCUGGCGAGGUUCAGCCUGGAGGUGAACUUUGACCUAACCGGUCCCAGUGAGCUGCUGCAACACCUGGAAGCAAAACCACAACACGCAACCGUCGAGGUCGGGGAGCAGCUGCAGUCGUUGCUCGUCUUCUGCCCCCAGGUCAAGUGCAACCUGCAUGAUGUCAGACUGAGCGUCAAGGUUAAGCACGGGCCAACGUUUACCUUUGCCGUCAAAGGCACAGCUGUAGCACCGAGUGUCGAACUAUCCUUCACCAAAUUCAACUUUGGCAAGUGCUUCCUGUUCUCUCCUGGCCUGGUGUCGCCCUCCCAGACGCUGGUGAUCAGCAACAAAGGCGAGGUGGAGACCAGUGUCCAGUGCCAGUUCAAGAGCACCUCUUACCUGGAGACGCGCUUCCAACCAGACGUCCUGUCCCCUGGCGAUGCGAUGGACGUGCCGGUCACCUUCCGUCCCCGCGAGGCCUGUCGAUACCACGAGAAGCUCACCUUCGUCUUCAACGGCUGCGUCACGAAACACGUGGACAUACUCGGGCAAGGCAUCGAGCUGAAGUUGGACGUCGAGGAUCCGAAGCAGAGGAAGUUGAAGCUGGGACAUGUGACGUUGGGUCAGAAGGUGAAGAAACAGGUGGUUCUGGUCAACCGCAGUCUUUCAGGCGUCUCCUUUACUCUGCUGCUCAGCACAGACACACCGCUGGACAUGAUGGAUCUGUCAUUCACUCCGGCGGGUGAGCUGAACCUGACAGCCAGCGGCGGUUCUUGUCACGUCGAGAUCCAGUUCUCGCCUCGUCAGCACAUACCCCCCUUCAACGCCGAGCUGCUGGCCGAGUGUUCGGGCCUGUUACACCCUCUGCUGACCGUCCAAGGCUGCUGUCAGGUCGUGGAGGUCCAGCUGGACCUGAACCAGUUGGCUUUUGGAGCUGUGGUUCAGCACUGCCAGGCCAGGAAGAGGAUCGUCAUGACGAACACUGGCGACAUGGGUGCCAGGUUCCACUGGAAGACAAAGAGUUUCCCUCCAGAGUUGUCCAUUUCGCCAGGUAAAGGCUUCAUCCCCCCGGGCAUGGAGGUUCCUUUUGAUGUGACCUUUGCCCCCAAGCAGCUGAGCAACGACAAGAGAUACGACGACCUGACCUGCAUCGUCGAGAACUUCUCCUCGCCCGUCACCUUCACGGCGACAGGCUCCUGCACCGCCGCUUCCACUAGCAAAGAGGUGUUGAAUUUCGUGUGCCCGGUACGCGGCUCUCACAGCCAGACCCUGAAGCUGGCGAACCCCACAAACCAGCGCUGCAGCAUCAGACCCGUCCUCGAGGGCGAGCAGUGGAGGGCCGCGCCCUCCGUGACCCUCGAGGCCCUCCAACAAAAGACCUACGAAAUUACCUACAGGCCGCUGACCAUGGCGGCUAACGGAAAGAAACACCUGGGAUCAGUGUUCUUCUCCUUCCCCGAUGGGACGGCCACGCUGUACUACCUGCAGGGAACCGCUGAUCCUCCCAAGGUGGAGGACACUCUGGUGCGAGAGCUGCCUGCCAAGACUGAACACACAGAGCUGCUGCCGGUGAAAAACUGGCUGUCCAAGCAACAGCGGUUCCGUGUGCUGAUUGAGAUACUGAAGCCCGGCAAACCAGACGCUACCGUGUCUCUCAAGGGUCAAGAGUAUAUCGACGUCCCCGCUCUGGCCAAGAGAAACUACAAGAUGUCCUACUUUACAUACAGAGAGGGGCAGCACAACACCAAGGUGACGUUUCGCAACGAGGCGACGGACGAGUACCUGUUCUACAUCGUGACCUUCAAGGCCACGCCUCCGGGCGUCCUGGCCACCAUUGAGCUGGUAACGACCGUCCGCCGGACCACCUCGGCCACCGUGCAGGUGGAGAACCCCCUGACCACGGCGACAUGCCUCACCACCGAGUGUAAAUCCACCAGCUCGGCCACCGCGCAGGCGGAGAAUGAGUCUAAAUGUGCCGACAUCAAUGCCCCGCCUCAGCACACUGUGCCACCGCAGUCCAAGGAUUCUCUGAGCUUCCAGUACCAGCCUCUGCGUGCGGGCGUGUCCACCGCCCGGCUGACUCUGUGCAGUGCUGAUCUGGGCUACUUCCACUACGACCUGAUCCUCCGGGCUCUGCCCCCGCCACCAGAGAAAACCGUCUCCUUCAACACCUCGCUGGGCAGCAGCCACUCGGUCCUCGUGAAGUUCACCAACUACUGCCGCUUCAAAACAGACUACGCAUGCAAGAUCGAUUGCCCAGACUUCGCAGUGGGCAAACUCAUUGUCGCUCCGCCGGGCCCCCUGACCGGGUGCGAGGCCAACUUCGAAGUGUGCUUCGAGCCUCAUCAGGUGGGGGAGGUGAGAGGCCAGCUCAGCCUGUCCUCCGGCCUCGGCGGCGAAUACGUCUUCCCCCUGCAUGGGAUCUGCCUCCCUGCCAAAGCCCAGGGCCCGUUCACCGUCACUGCGGGUCGCAUAGCUGCCAUCCCCUUCAAGAACGUGUUCCUGCAGACGGUCGCCUUCUCUUUUCAGGUGGAUAACCCCUGCUUCACCGUCAAAGGUGUGGACUCCCUCCCCUCCAAGAAGACACACAACACCUUGGUGUCAUUCGUGGCCCCCGCGGGAGGCCAGCCGGGGCCCUGGCUCGGCAAGCUGACCAUCUCCAGCCAACGGGCUGAGGGCCACAGCAACCCCUGCUCCUGGGUCUUCUACUUGAAGGGCGUCCGCCCUGAUUCAGCUUAGAGAGAGAGAGACACUGUAUGUGCACACUACACACAAAAGGACUGACACAAACAAAUGCCAAAGAAAUUGCAAAAAAUUGGACGAUUCUUCAAUUUUAUUUACAUGUUUACAAACUUAUUUAUUCAAUGCCUGAAAAUCACAAGCGGGGAACUUUCCCCAUGUGUUAUUUAUUCGGUUCGACUGAAUAAAUGAUGAAGAGGCGAAAAA